GUCAGUUGUCAUUCAGACCUUGAAGUGAACGGACGCGUUUGUGCAUUUGCACCAAGUAAUUUUUGUAUCGUCUUCACUAUAAAGAAAAUGGCAAUAGCACUAGCGAUUUUCAUUGUCAGUGUUGCUAGCCUGCAGAUGACAACACCGGCUGUAACUAAAAAUGUUGCUGUAGAUACACCACCAAUUGUUUUCCCCGGGCCUGUGGAGCCCAAUGACCUGAAAAAGGUUAAGCCAGAGGAACCAGAGGAGUGUAAGGGAAAAACUUAUUGCCUCGUCAGACCUGCAGACUUUCCAGAAGAUGAAUUCAACGAAAUGUUCAAGGACGCGAAUAUAGUUCCUCAACCAUCUCUGGUGCUGGAUAACAUGUUGACAAACCGUCAAGGUGAUCCAGAGGAAACAGACGACUGCGAUAGUGAUGUUGAGUAUCGUCCAUUAUACCAAGUCCGUGGAAAGCGUGAUGACGAUUGGAGCUAUGUAGUUCAAGCGCCUAAGCAAAACUUCGUCCAGAGAGUUCGUUUGGAAACCUGCAAGAAUACCGAAGCGUCUUGCUUUAACGCUCUUCAUUUAACAUCUGACAUCAAGACGUCUUGUAAACAGAAAUAUAAUAAAUGGGAAGUGUUGGUAAAGAAUGAUAAAAAUGAUACGAAAACAAUAACAGUAGAAUUGCCAGUUUGUUGCUCUUGUGUUUAUAAAACCACAUCUUUUCAAAACAGAUUUGGCAUUGACAAGAAAAUGACCACCGCCAAAACACCAGCGAAAGGUUAAUAAACAUAGCCAGGCUAUUAUAGAUCUUAUCAUCAUCAUCAGCUCACUAUACGUCUUCACCGAGGGGCUCGGAGCA